ACGUUAACACGAUAAAGACGUGGAUAAAGACACGUAACCUGCAAACUGGUAUCAUUUUUUGUAAAGUGUUGUAAACUCAAGACCGGUUCUAGAUUCUUUAUAGUGAAAUGGAAACCGUUAACGACGAAAAGCCCCGUGUAAUCUUAACAGAACAUAAAGUUGUUGAGAAUUUUCCGCAGGGCCCCACAGUCUAUGACGACCACUUCGAUGCGAAGUACUUCAAGAAAAAGCUGCAAAUUGUCGUAAUCCGGCGUAAUAACACCGACAUGGAAUUCGACCUGAUAGGCAUCCAGCAUUUUCUGGCCAACACGUUUCGACGGUUGAUGCUCAGCGAAGUCCCAACUAUGGCCAUUGAUAAGGUCCACGUAUUGAACAACACCUCCAUUAUACAGGACGAAGUGCUGGCACAUCGGCUGGGCCUCAUUCCUCUGAAAGCCGAUCCGAGACUGUUCCAGAGCGUUGCUGAUGUUAACGAAGCCCCAACGGAAAAAAACACUUUGGAAUUCGAACUGAAAGUUAAAUGCUCGCACAACCGGGAGAUAAGCAAGAAGGAGUCUUCCAGAGCAGAGGACAUCUACAAAAACUCCAAUGUGUAUUCGAAGCAAAUCAAGUGGGUUCCAAUCGGUAGCCAAAGAUCUCGAUUUAAUGAAAGUGACGUCGGCCCAAUCCACCAAGACAUUCUCAUUGCCAAAAUGAGGCCUGGACAUGAGCUUGAUCUUAAGUUGUUUGCGACUAAAAGCAAUGGGAAAGAUCAUGCAAAGUUUUCACCUGUCGCUACCGCAUUCUAUAGACUGUUGCCAGACAUUAAAAUCGUCAAGCCAGUGGAAGGUGAGGCGGCGUUUCGGCUUCAGAAGUGUUUUUCCCAGGGGGUAAUCAGCGUCAGGAAGGAGAAUGAUCGACAGUAUGCUGUGGUAAACGAGAGUCAUGCCAGAUACGACACAGGCUGCAGAAACGUUUUUAGAUACGACGACCUCAAAGACUCAGUAGUGAUGUCGAAAAUUCAAGAUCACUUCAUAUUUACCAUCGAAUCUGUAGGCGCUCUUCCACCCGACGCUAUAUUUCGAGAGGCACUUUCUGUUCUAAAAGCCAAAUGUUCUGCUCUUCUAACCGAAUUAAACGUCUAAAGCCUU